AUGUGUUUCCUUCAUGGUGUUUUAGAUAACAUUAAGCCUAAAUUAGGCUUACAUAAAGAGACAUUAAAUAAUGCAAUUGACUCUCUUGACACCCAUAAACACUCUGGUAAAGAUGGUUUUAAUGAAGCGAUUGUAAAGGUGGUGUUGGGGGUGAGGCAGUAUAAUGAGGGUGUUGUAAAGUCUAAUACCUCUAUAAAAUCGCCAAUAUGGACAUUCUUACAACCCUUCAAAAAAGAUAAAGGUGAGCUAAUGAAACAAAUUAAUGCUUUGCAGGUGUCUGAUGUGCCAAGGCAAGCGGAGCAGGAGGCGUCCAAGGCCAAGAGCCUUGUGGAGUCGUGUCUUCGACACUCUAAUGUCUUUGAUAGCGCACUUAGCAAACUAACUAAGGACAUUAAUGAUCUUAAUGCACAGUGUAAAACUAGUGUAAAUAGCUCACAUAAGAAUGUGAAGUAUGAGAUUAAGCGACUGGAGCAGCUGUCCAGUAGGGAGCAUGGCGACUUGGCGGCCAUGAUUAAGUUGAUCGGAACUAAGUUGAACGGCCUCGGAGUGGAGGUCAAAGACGAAAUUUGCAAGCAGGUGAGAGACCUUGUUGAGCACUUGAAAGGACGGGUUCAGCUCAUUAAGCUUCAGCUUGAAGAUGUUAACAAGAGUCUGAAGGAGUACCUGAAAGAUAUUGACCAGUGGAUGUCAGAGGCGGAUAGGAUUGUUGAUGAGAACACCAGCCAGACUGGUUUCAUUAUAGAUAAAAAGCCUGGGUGGGAGUAUCGACAAAAACUUGAGAAGCUGCCGGAUGAAAUGAAAAACGGCGUGAGAGAUCAAUUGCAGAGUAAAGUUCAGGAAGCUAGGCAGAAUCUUGAAAAGCUGGAUAAGGUUUAUAAGAAUAAAUUGUGGAGCAUUGCGGAGGCUGUCAAACAAGUUGAGCCGGCCAUUGAGAAGCUUGGAGGUGUUAUUGAAAAUGGCGAUGCGGACGUAGGAAAAGGUAAAAAUAUCAAAAGUAUUGUGAACCAUGUUAAAGGGAAGGUGGAGGGUAUUCAGGGCAUAAAAGGGCUGCAAGGAAUAAAAAAUGGAGUUGUGACGUAUGCGAUGGGCGUUGCCAGGAAUAUGGAGGAUGCGACGAUCGUUACGUGGGUAUCGGAAAUAGCGAAAAAUAAUGAAACUGUGAAUAGGGAUAUUGGUUACUACUUCAAAAAGAGCGGCGACCUGCAGAAAGCGAUCAAGGCGAUAACAAAUAAAAUUAAAGGGAUUGUAUCGAAAGUUGGCAAGAAACCCAGCGAUCAAGGCGACGUAAAGUCUAUACUGGCAAGCAUUCAUAAAUAUCAUCAAGCCGUUGCUGAGGCGGUUAGAGAAAAGCUUGCGUGGAAGGAGGUUUGUAACAUUGCCAAAGAGGUCGAAGACGAGCCGGAGUUAAAAUCAACGUCCAAGAGUCCCACUUUUAAAAUGGGCUUCGAAUAUGCCGUGCAAACCAUUCUGCGGCAUGUCUAUACAUCAGCAUCAAACCUCGCCACGGAAUUUGAAUCCUUCGUUAGCACAAAAAAUACAAAUUUGGACACCAACAUCGACACUGCUCUUAGUGAGGCCGAACCGCUUUUUAAGCAUCUUAAUCAGGCGGUCGCCGGCACCAACCACGCCCAAGCCGUCGACACCGCGAUCGCGCAGGUGCAGACGCAGGUUCAGCAUAUUUCCGGCCCAGCAGACAACGUAAAUCUAGGCGACAGCUCCAUCAACUCCGAACGCGACGCCGCUUACAACCCCCUCGAGCAAGCGAUCCAGGGCAUAAGCAGCGAAGCAAGUCUACUCACUGUAAAAGCCACCAGUGACGCCCUCGGUGAUUGGGGCGAGAAAAUAACAAAGCAUCUCACCCAGCUGUUGCAAGAAUUCUCCAAGGCCGGCGAACAGGUCAAAUGGAAUUUAGGCAUACUGAAAGACGAGCAGAUUGGGAAAAAGCUUAAGAACAUCAGACAGCAACUUGAGAAGCUCCAACAAGGCCCGGUGACCAAGGCCCUGAAUGAAGCCAACGAUAUUCUGAAAAAAGCAGAAGAAGUGACAGCCAAUACACUGAGGCCUCUGAAAAACAAAGUUGACCAACAAGUCUCAUCCGCAAUCUCCGAGCUGAGUACCCUAGCCCGCAAGCAGUACAUUUCUUCUAUCAAAUCACUGCUCACCGAAUUCUCCAAGAAGGUUGAGGAGGAGCUGGAAGGAGUACCCGAAGAAAUCGAAAAAGAUUUGGAGCAGGGGCACAAAAAAUUCAUGCAAAUAAUGUAUGAGCCUUUUGUGACGAGAGUCAAAAGAAUUGAAGAUGUUGAUCCGAAUAAGUUUACGAAAGCAGAGCCUCCACUGCACCAAGCGGCAAGAAGGUUAAGUGGCGCAAUAAGUGCGUUAUUCAGCAAUUGCCAAAAGGUUGCAGAUUUAAAGUCAGACUUCGGCAUAAUGAAGCCUACACAAAAGGCUCUUGACAGAGUGCUUACAGGCCUCUGGGCAUCCAAUCAUUUCGACAACAAAUUUUCUAAUAAUUUGGAUGCACUGAAUGAUACGUUGGCUACAUUCAAUCCUAAGACAUACGGUGAGGGAAAGUAUCCUUAUAUUCUCGAGGCCUUUAGAAAAGGCUUCGCGGCAUUAUUCACAAAGCUGGAGCACGCGUACGUGAACGCCUACAGCGGUAUGAAAUUCACUAGAUUGUUAGCACCUAAAAAAGUAGAUGAGUCGGAAAAUGUUCCCGAUCCACAACGUCACGCCUCAAAUGUUGUUUCCACCUCCGGUCAACUGUCUGAUCCCAGCCGAACAAGGCGUUCCGCUCCCGCCGCCAGCAGUCCUGUUCCCAGCACUCAGCCAACAGCUCCCCCCGUCUCUGGCCAAAAGGCCGAGACAGAGUAUGAGUUAACCCCCGAGGGCCGCGACUGCGCAAAGGUCUGUGUCACCAUUAUGGAGCGAGUGAAAAAUCAUCUGUUUGUUUUGGAAAGAGAAUGUAACUCUGGUGGCAGGUGGCGCCAUAAUAGUAUUCGUUUGUAUGACCAUACAAAUGGCAGGAAAACUGAUAACCCGCUUGGCACAUGGCUGAGGGACCACGGCUUCCGAGUGCCGUCCGAGGAGGGAAAGCAAGAUGGCGAAUUGCGAAAUAACCUUGGCUUCACCGGGCAUAAAAUGAAAACUACACUGCUUGACCACAAUAUUCCCGGCGCUUCGCAGGUUCGAUCCCUACUUAACUGGGUGACUGAGGAGAGGAAAAAUGCUUCUCCGGGCAGCAAAAAGAGUGCCACGGGAAUCGAUGUCUUCGACAUUGCCCACUGCCUCCGCGACCUUUUCAGGAAAUACUAUGAAGUAUGCCACCAUGAGCAUGUCGAUUCGCCUAGAGCACCAAGUAACAUCUACGAUAUGCUUCAGUGGCUUGGUGGCCUGCGGUGGAAUCCGAUGUACAGCAAACUGAAGGAGCACCUUAGGACAUUGUUCCCCAAGCCUUUGAAGGAUGAUUCCAGGGAUUACAAGGAGAUUCCCGCAAAGGACUUGCAACUGGAAGCGUAUCCUAAGACAAUCACGUAUGACGACUUGAGCGAUGAACUGCUGCAAAGUGUUUGCAUAUACGCUCAAGAUGCGUUGAUCGGCAUACUGGGCCACGGGCACGCUGACGGUGUAUAUGCCUGUAACUUUUUCACAAAUACACAUAAAUUAUCCUAUCCUAGCAGCGUUGGUUCAUGCUUUGACAUGCUCAUAGACAUAGUAUUUAAAGUGCAACAUCAACUUCAUUUUGUAUAUAAGCAGUGUUGCGAUGCAACAGCACUCAGCGGUUGGAGUGACUGUGUAUACGGCAACGGAGUUGGUGGCUCUGGAUGGCAAUGCAAUCGGCUCCAAUGCCCUAACCAAAACACUGACCAAACACAUAACCAAACACAUAAGCAAACAUGUACCCAAAAGUGUGACCAAACUGUUAGUUGUGGCCUUAAGUCGCCGCUCCAAUCGUUUUUGGAGGACGGUUUGCAGGGGUUCUUGCCGCACCCUAUGACGAAAGUUGGCUGCGGAGUUAAGUGCUCCGUCGGCAGCCACAGAGGUCAACCGUGCAAAACGCCGAUGGGCUUCUCGGACAUAAGCGUAACGGCCUCUCAUGUCAAAAAGGGGGCUCAUCUUGCCGGGGUUCUUGACAGUUUCUGCGGUCCUACAUCCCACCUAAUGAAUACUCCCGUCGGUUCCUGCGGUCCAUAUUUGGAGUCAAUUAGUAAUGACAUCCGCCGAACAUUCUCCGAAAAGCGCGCUGGUAACUAUCUUUCAUGGGUGGUAUAUAUCACAGAGACAUUCUAUGACCUCCUUAAAAAACUGUACGAUGACUGCUGCAGUAACUGCAACAAGGCAGGCACCAGGUGCUAUGACAGAAGCUGUGCAGGAAAAUGUGCCAUAAAAUUAGCCUACGAUGCCGAGAAAGCUGGUGAGCAAGCAAAACAAUCAUCUCCGUCCCAGAGUACCAGUCAUCAAAGUAAAUGCCACUCCAUCGUAACAUGUCGAAAUAUGCAUCCUACACUUUAUAAGUACGGUUUCACCUUUGGUAGUCCACACAAACUCAGCGGUGAGGACAAGACAGUGGAGCAUCACAAAAGAACGUGCAAGGAUUUCUGUAUAACAUUAGGCAUUGUAAUUAAAGAAGGCAAUGUACUCUACAACCUAGUGCAUAAGGGGAAAGCCUUGGAUGAUAUUGAUGCCCACCGUAUCUCUCUUGGUCAGCUUGCUGGACAACUUUCGGAUUUUAUUGGCGGCGGAGAGGAAGUCAAGAAAGCGAUUUUGAAUGGUUUGCACAGUAAUGUAACUCAGCUUGAAAAGCUUGUUAAAACAUCUUGCGGAGAUAAGGGGUGUUGUAAGGAUGCUGUGAAUUUCCGUGUUGGACCUCUUAAAAAUCUUCAAGAGCAAUUUAAUGACAUUGAUAAAAUUGAGAGAGAAAUUGAUGGCCUUAAAAAUGAAAUUGCUGAAAAAAGGAAGGCGUCCGAAGGGACGCCGCCCGGCAGUGAUACUGAGAUUCAGAAGCUUACAAGGGAAAUUGAAGAAAAAAAAUUGAAGCUUGACGAGCAAAAAAGGCUUGUUGAUCAGCAAAUUAAUAACCUUAAUGGUGCUUUAAAUGAGUUUAAUAAGAAAUUUUCUCGACAAGUCUCUACACUUACUGCAAGCGUAAGACAGUGUGAAGAGGAAAUUGAGCGGUAUAAAGAGAGUGAAAAGGCCUCUAAAAAAGAUCUUAAAGAUGCAGAUAUCUCCAUUCCCUACAAUCUUUCUCAUCCUCUUGAAACUGAGCAGGCUAAAUUGCAGUCUCAUAAUGCUUCGUUGGAGUCUCUUGAGAGUCUUGAAAAGCUUAUUACAUUUCAUGAGGAAGUUAGUAAAAAUCCUAAAACUGAAGAAUGUAAAAACAUUUUAACAAAUUUGUGCUCUGGCUUGGAGAAGUUCCUUGGAUACCAAGAAACUUCCAAAGGCUACUCGGGUGAUGGCAUCGUGUACUCGGGCCUUGACAGGCUCUGCGACGGGGUGAUGUGUUUCCUUCAUGGUGUUUUAGAUAACAUUAAGCCUAAAUUAGGCUUACAUAAAGAGACAUUAAAUAAUGCAAUUGACUCUCUUGACACCCAUAAACACUCUGGUAAAGAUGGUUUUAAUGAAGCGAUUGUAAAGGUGGUGUUGGGGGUGAGGCAGUAUAAUGAGGGUGUGAGGGAGGGGAACAAAAAGGUUGCCGAUGAAAUAUCCUCAUUAAUGACGCAGUUAGGUAGAUUAAAAGAUGACACAAAGAGGUUCGACAAUCAUAGAUAUAUUCAUCAAAUUGACACAAAAGUGAGUGACUGUCUCGAUAAAGUUUACAGGUUCAAUUUGGCUCUUGAUGUUACGAACCAGAAGAACGUAGAGGAUUUGUCUCCACAAUUACAGCAUAAUGUAAAGAAUUCCAGGAAAUAUGUUUACUAUCACCGUGAUAGACUGGAGGCAAUUUGGAAGAAGCUUAAGACUGAUAGGGAUGAAGUGAUUGCGUUGGUUGAUAAGCAACUUGGUGAUGUAAAAAGUUCAAUUAAUACAACGACUGCGCACAAAAUAAGAGAGUUUGUUCAAAAAUUGAAUGCUCAGAUUUAUAAGCUUCGAAAUGAAAUCGAGGACGUUGAUAAAAAAUUGAAAAAUCAUGUUGAUGAGCUGGACAACUGGAUUAACAAGGCUCAUGAAGCCGUGGAGGCGGGGUUAGUAAAAGUUACGGAAAUUAUGAAUCAUGUUAGUGGGCCUAAGGCUCAAAAUAAGGAAGAACUUUUGAAAGCUGUUGACGAUAUAAAGAAUAAAGGUUUGACGUUGUUCAAGGCAUAUGAGACGGCGGAGAAGUCCCUGGCUCCAUUGUUUGCAGACAUAGGUACGGCGGUUGAGGGGUUGGAUGGAAAGAUAAUUGAGGGCUUGGAAACUUUGAAGAGUGAGAUUAAGAAAAAGUUGGAGACAUAUAUUACGCAGCUGGCGACAUAUAAAUGGUCGGAUGCUGUCGAGGGCUCGUCUUUUUAUAACCUGUCUGAAAUAUCAAAUUUCGAUAAAUUUAAAGGAAUAUUUAAGGAAUGGCUUUGUCAGGCUGCUGAGCACGGCAUACCAGACAUAGGCAGCGUGCGCAGUACCCAUAACUCAUCCAUCGGUCUCAAAAUAGUAUUGCAUGGUCUUGACUAUCUAAAACAGCGCGUUGAAAAGGCGGGAACGAAUGGAUUUGGCGCUUUAUCUGAGGACCUUCAGGGUGAAAUUGAUGCCGUAAUGAGUCAAUAUGUGAAAAGCAGUCAAGCGUUAAAAAGCAAAAUGACGGGUUAUGCUACUCAUGUGGGAGCGAGCGGCCCGGGCACUCUGGUAAGUGCGCUUGAUAAAGGCAGAAGUAAGAUUUUGGAACCGUUCAACCAUCUAAAAAGUACAGCCGACAGCAAUAGCAUCAAGCAAGUUGUGUCCACUUUCAACUCUCACUUUCAACAACUCUGCACUGCAAUCUUAACGGCAGUGGCUAUAGGCGACCAAAGUGCCAGAGGGAAAUUGGAGGAGUUGAAGACAUUUAUUUCGAAGAUUAAUAACGAAGCCCCUGGAAGUCUACACAAUCUCCACAAGCAAUUGGGAGAGUUAAGAACCGAUAAGCUGGAACCGUUGAUGAAGGAAGCCGAAAACAUUAUUACGAAUGCCACCUUACAAAGUGAUGUUCACAUUUCCACACUCAAACAACACGUCAACGAACAAGUCGAUAACGCCAGAUCCAAAAUCGUAAAUGAAAUUAGAAAACGAUACGUGCUCUUCUUCAAGGAACAGCUCACUACCUUUUCUAAGAAAGUCGACGAGGAACUCCACGACCUUCCUACCAAAAUCACGAAUGACUCCAAUCAUGGUUUUAAAGGGCUUAUGCAAUUGCUACAACGUGUUCUGAAUUCCCGUCUUGAAAGGGCAAAUACAUCCGGAAACUUGGGUGCAUUCUCUCCCAGUGCAAACGCAUUUUUCCUUGAUGUGCUUGCUGCCCUAAACACAGAUCGUAAGAUCAUGCCCGCCACUUACCUCUCCGAUUUGCAAAACAAACUAAACACCCUUCUCUCAUCCCUCUCCAAAUACGACCGCCCCUUCCAAAAAAAUCUCUCCGCCCUUGCUUCCACCCUCUCCACCAUCCGCCCCGCUUCGUACUCCGCCCCCACCAAUCCCCUACUCGACGUUCUAAAAACAGGCCUGACAGGGAUGCACGAUGAGCUCCAAAAGGCGUACGUGUCGGUGUAUGACGGUGAGGCGUGGCAGCCGGAGCACGAAAACAAAUACGCGAAAAUAUGUUUCACCUGUUUGCCCACCUUAACUACCGCAUUGACUGAGCUUAGGGAACAGUGUGAAACAGAUGGCGACUGGAAGACAGAGAAACUGUGCCUAAUGAAUUCAACCGCCUCUAAUCCCCUCGGCAAUUUCCUCGAUCAGUGUGGCUAUACAGUAGCGCAAAAUAAUGCUUCUAAGGACGGUGAGUUACAACAUAAGAGUGAAUGGAAUGGCCAAAAGAUUCUUGCAGACUGUCUGCAAGCAAUUCCCAAGGCUGCUGACAUUGACCAUCUUAAGACUUGUAUGCCACGUCAAAAACAAUUCACCGUCCUGGAACUCCUUCGGUGUAUCCUCUCACCGUAG